AUGCGGCGGCUGCCGGCGGCGCUGGCGCUGCUGCUGCUCCUGAGCAGCUCGGUGCCGGGGGGCGGUCUGUCGCUGGAGAGCCUGCUGACCAACAUGAGGUGCAAGUGCAUCAAGUCCACCGCCCACGUCAUCAACCUGGGGCUGAUCCUCACCAUCGACGUUACCCCACCCGGCAUUCACUGCAGGAGGAAGGAGGUCAUCCUCACCCUGAAGAAGAACAGGAAGGUGUGCGUGGCCCCCGAGGCGCCCUGGAUCCAGCUGCUCAUCCACAAGCUGACACAGAGGAGCGGCCCCCAGAGAGCCCGGCCACGGCGGGAAGCAGCGUGCUGCCCUUGGAGAAUCCCCACCCCGUCCCUGCCACUGCCCACAGCCGAGGAGGCCAUGGCUAUGAAUUCCUCGUGGGACAGCAAUGGCACAGCCCCCCUGCCCUGAGACACUGGGUUUGGUGGCACCUUCUCUGCUCCCGGGGUUUGGCAGGAGCCUUUCCCUGCUUCCCCCAGCCAAGGCUUUCCCCUCAGGCACCUGCUGUUUCCCUGCACGGUCCCCCA